AUAACCAUUCAUCAUUUGAUCAUAAAACUUAAAGUAGGCACACUUUUGGAUUAUUUGUCAUACGAAAAACAAAACCAAACGUUAUGGGAAAUAGUCUAAGAUGUUGUCUAUCAUGUCUAAUUCCUUGUGGAGCACUAGAUUUGAUUAGAAUUGUUCAUUUAAAUGGACAUGUUGAAGAGAUCACACGACACAUUACCGCGGGCGAGGUUCUAAGCAAGUAUCCAAAUUAUGUACUAAGCAAACCUUCGUCACAAGGUGUCACAAGGCGCAUUCUUAUUUUAUCGAGUAAUUCCGAGCUCAAGAGAGGUAGUAUUUAUUUUUUGAUCCCGGCUUCUUCUGUUCCCGAGAACAAAAGAAAACCAAGGAAUAAGGAAAAUUUGGAAAAGGUUGUGAAGAUCAAGACGGUAACGGGUGAUCAAGUAUGUGUAUCUAGUCGUGUCGUGGCAGAGAAGAAGCUGGUCAGGCGUAAGAGAGUUCGUCGGAGUGUUGAUGGUGGAGAUUGGCGACCUCAUCUUGAAAGCAUCUUUGAAGAACAAUAGUUGUUUGAAAAUUAAUUAUUGAUUCUUUUGUUUUCUUGUGGAUAGGUAGAUUCAAGAGUUUUGUUCGCAUUUGGGAAUAUACACCUUUGUUUAUGGUUUUUUAUAAACAAAGUAAUAUAUCAACGCACAUAUAACUUUUAUUUUGUUAAAUAUACAUCAAGUUAUCGAUCA